UCGUGUCAUCCUCAUCUUUAUCCACGUAAGUAAGCUCCACGUCAUGGGGAACCGAUGUAGUCAUUAAAAUCGAUCCGAGCAAAAUAUAAGACGUGUCCAGAGAAUCCUUCAUAAAAAGCAGUUGUUUUCGACGCCCGUCAAUAAAUUUACGGCAAAGAACACAACCCCUAGUACUAAUUUAGCGAGGAUACGCAGCUGUCUCGACGAAUACUACCAGACUCCUCCUAGGCCAGCGAAGAUAGGCCCUAAAGCUGUUUCUAUGGAGGACUUGACUCCCACCAAAAAAGUCAAAAGAGAAAGGAAUGUUGGUCAUCUAGCUGUACUGAAGUCUCCUGGGUUGCACGGCGUCGAUGCAGAGCAGGCCGCUGCAAGGAUCAGCAAAUUCAUGCUUGUAGUUUCAUGGAGAAGGCGUCGUGAAGAAAUACGAUGCGUGCGAAAAACAUUAGAAUUUCAGGUAAGUUGCUCGGAACGCCUGCGCAUUCAGGUGAUCACGCUGAAGUCUCUACUGGACUCUGACAAUGCUAAAGUCCGGCUUGCGAUAAAAGAGCUGGAGAGAUUGAAACAAUUAUUAAAAGAAAAAGACCUGGAAAAAGCCAUUCUGGAGAAGGAAAAAAUCGCACUAGAGAAAGAUGUUUGCGCGGCAGAAGAUCGGGCGUCUGAAAUUAGUGUCGGCUGGCGGAGUUGCCGCAGCGAGCUGGAGCACGUGCGCGCCGCGGCCGCGAGCUCGGAGCGCGCGCUGGCGCUCGAGCGCGACGCGCUCGCGGACGCGCGCGCCCGCUGCGACCGCGCCUGCCGCAGGAUAGCCAUACUAGAAGACGAUUUAUCGCAUCACGAAACGUUACUGUCGGCUAGCGAAGCACAAGUCACGAUAUUACGUAAUGACAUUAACAACGGGCAGAAGCAACUCGACCGGGCUCGAGAAGAACUACGACUUGAACGAGAAGCACACGCUCAUUGCUCUCGUGAGCGCUCAGCACUGAGCACACGAGUGGCGCUGAGCGCACUACAGACGAGCACAAUGAGCACCGAAAUAGAGCAAAUGCGAACGGAGCUUACACGACUCGAGAGGGAACUGAAGACCACACGCGAGCAACUGGAUUGGUGGCCGAGACCACUAACUAGGAUGCUCGGUGUCGCCCGAACGUGGAUUCGCCGUCCCAUGUCAAUCUCAGAUGCAGUAAUAUGGAUCCUUAUUCCAGCAAGACACGGAUUUUAAUGGAAUAGAAAUCGAUUUAAAUUAAUGGUGCACUCACUUAGGCGAUUUAAAAAAUCAUA